GACGCCGAGAUUGAGGAAUUUUUUAAAGAACUUUCGGUAGAUUUUACCGCUCAAGAUAUGAAAAAACCUACUACAGCUCGCAUAUUCAUUGCUUUCGGUUUCAUAGUAGAGUAUACAACGGGAGCAACAGCGGAAGAAUGGGGUGACACCGAUUGGUCUGGUCAUCUAGAAAUGCGAUUGCGUAAAAGAAUUCCGGGUUACGACAGACCGGAAUUUUAUUCUGAGUCGAUGAAAAUGAUGGCGAUUUACAAACGAAUGAAAAAAGUUAUGGUAGCCAUAGGAAUGGAGGAAUUUUCAUUUAAUGAUAUUCUUAGACCAGAAGUAUCUCGACUUCGCGUAUUUCUUAGUGCUGCUAUUAAUUUUAUAAGAUUUCGUGAAGAUCAAUUGCACAUUUUCAAUGAAUAUGAAAAACAUUCCGAAGAGCUUAUGAAGCAUAAUGAAGAGUUAUCUGAACGAUAUAAAAUGCUUUUUGAACAAGUUGAAAGAUCAAAGAAAAAACGUAUCGAAGAUGAGAGUGAGGUUAAAGAAUAUUUGCAAGAAAAUGCUAGUCUUAUGAGCAGCAUGCGUGAGUUGAAAAAGAAACAAACGGGUCUAUUAAAUGAGAUAGCUACUUUAAAAAGCACAAAGGCUGAAUCAGAAGAAAAGAUCAAUAACACGCAGUUCUUAGUGGUAACUGCCAAGCAAGUUCUCGAGAAGCUUAAGAGUCGCAUUGUAGUAAACCCAGAAAAGCUAAAACAGACAAUUGAAGAGAUGAAUCAGACCAUGGCAAAAGAAAAAGACUUGAUGCUUGGGCUCGGUAAGAAGGUCCGUGAAAUUCAAUCAAAGGUUGACAAUUUGUCCAUUGUGGAAGAGGAAAUAACGGCAUGCAAUAAAAUAUUGGAUGAAGUCAUCAACCAGAGGAAUAAAUGUGAAAAGGCGAAUAAAGACUUACGAGAUCUUCAGGAAGAAAUUGAGAAUAAGCGUCAGCAUUCACGUGAGUUGCAAAAGAAGGAACAACUAUUGUCUCGACAAAAGCAAAAUUUGGAAGAUAGGCUUCAGCGUCAAAGAGAAAAACAUAAACAGAGAGUUAUAGAAACUGAAAAGAAAAUCGAGGCAUUACAGGCAGAGUACGACCAAAUUCUAGAGGAUCGCAAAGAAUUUGAAUUGAAGGCAGCCCAACAAAAGAAAAUUUAUGACGAGACGUCAGCAAAA